AUGUGCCAGUACUCGUACAUCCACUACCACCACCAAUACCCCUGCACGCACCCAUCAAGCCUCGUCCCCCGAUAUUCGUACUGCUCGGGAGCGGCCCUCAACCCGGCCACCAACCACUAUAGUCCCUGUGCUGCCACCACUGUGCUCCCGUCUCCUGAAGCCACCGGCGAGAAUCCCUGUGCGAGGGGGAGCUGCCUCAUCUCGCCGGCCUGCAGCUCGGGAACUUGUCGGCUGCAGGAUCUGAAUGGGAGAUGGGUCUGCUGCAAGUGUAAGCGCGGCGGAAACGUUUACCGGACUUGCCAGCAGCGGAAGAAGGGGUGUCCUGAUACGUUUUGCUACCAUGAUGUAUGUGAGAACUGCACUCCUGACAUAUAA